AUGAAGUUGGAAGAUACGUUUGAACUAUUGUUAGACAUAGGAUCCACGUAUUCUUAUUUACCAAUCAUAAUUGAAGGCAUAGCAAAAGAACUGAAUGGAACCUAUGACGAAGAGUUGGAAACCUAUACUGUUGAUUGUGGUUGGAAACGAAGCAAGAAAAAUAUUUGCUUUAAUUUCCCCAAGGGGCCUAAUGUUACCGCACUGGUGUCCGAUUUUAUCCUCACUGUAAAACAAUUUGCUGCAUCAAAGAAGAGGUCUGAUCAAGAUACAUAUGCUUUUACUAUCUUUGAUGGCGAUGGGUACAGUUCAAUGGGGGAUGAUUUUAUCGGAAAUUCCUAUUUGCAUUAUGAUUUGGAAGAUAAUACAGUCGGAAUAACCCCUGCUAAGUUUAUCAAAAAGAGUUUGGUUCAAAAUGUGUAA